AUGUUUCCUGCCCAAAAAUCAUUUGGAAUGCAUAUCAAUAAGGAGCUUAGGUGUAAUACCAAAGUAAUCCGGAAAUUAGAUGAGAAACAACGUGCACGUUCACCGAUUGAUUUUACGCACCGAGCUGUUGGAAUAUAUGAUUUCUUCAACCUUAAUAUUAACGAAGUAAUUCGACGGACAAAAAAACUUAGUCUUGGUAAUGAAUUAGACUUGUCUUUUCUUUUAAUGGAUGAAAGUCUAAUUGAUAGCGUUCUUGCAUAUGAAUAUAAUAUUCAUUAUUAUUAUCUCGAUAGACGAUGA